AUAAUGAACAAGGUGGUGGUGCGAGCAGUACUCUGAACCACUCUCAAGUGAAACUUCACCACGACAAUGUAAGAUCAUCUCGGUGCAGACGUCGAAACCCCUGUCAACGUACAAUAGUCCUUUCAUGGGUUUUGUCAAUGACAAUAAAAUUUAACAAGCUGUCUAACUCUACCAUGUCAAGCACUAUGUCAGAAGCCAUGCCAAAGAAGUUCAUCACUUAAGACAUCCGUCAGCAUACAAUGUACUGUUACAAAUGAUAAUAUUGCCACAGGAACAAUGAAAUUACUAUCAGCAGAACUGGACUUUUUUUUUUUAUAAAACUCUCAAAUUAAGGUUGGCCAAAGGUGAAUAAAGGUUAAGAAACCGGACCUGCACAAAGGUCUUUCUUAACACUAACAAUCUCCUUCCGCCCUCACUGUGACUUGUAUCUAGGGCCUAGAUUCUAGGCUAUGUUUCUUCUUGUUUGGUACACCAGUUUUAAGAUUUUCUAGUGAAUGUCUUGCACAGAUAUCUGACGUAUAUAAUAACACUUCUACCAUCGGUUUCGUGGAAGUUUGCCAGAAAGAUACUAUACAAAGCAUAUGUAAGCAAAUAUGACUGAAGUGAAAGAAACGUCUCCGCUCUUAGGAAGGACAGUUACAGAAACUCCCAAAACCAGGUUCUGGAUUGUCCAAGCGUUGGCUGAUGUGACCGUGGAACCUGCUAUUUUGCUGCACUCUGUUGCUUAUGCGAUAGAUCAGGUUUACUUAACAAAUAUCAUAAUAGACAAAGUAUGUCUUGUUCAUUUCAAAUAUGACGCAGAAGUUUGUGAAAAUUUAGAUACAGGUAACUACACAGUAGAGCAAAACCAAGUGCAACGUUUGACUUCUGACUACAAUGUGUACAAUCAUUGGGUUGAGUAUCUACCUUCCCUGGUCAGUAUCCUCAUCCAGGGUGCUUGGGAGGACGUCAGAGGUCGUCGUCUUCCUGUGCUCCGUUCCUUCGUCGGUAGUUUACUCACAGCCCUUUGCUUCUUGGCCAAUGCUUACUGGUGGUCCCUUCCAGCACCGUUUCUCCUCUUGUCAUGGGUACCUCUUGGGGUCUCAGGGGGUAAUAUUGGCUUAAAUACGAAUGCCUGUAUUUUUGUGAGUGCCGUAUCCGGGAGUAGAUCAAGAACUUUUAGGCUAUCCGCCAUGGAGUGGAUAAAAUAUGGUUGUUACCCUUUAGCCAUAUAUCUAGCAAUGAUCAUUUACAGUAAUGGUGGUUAUGUGACUCUUUAUGGCUUUCAAGUGAUACUGUACAUUGUGGCUGUGGUGUAUCUCGCCUUCUGCCUGGAGGAGCCACAUUCUACGAAGCUUCAAGAUGAACAAACUUCUUCGAUGAGCAUUUGUGAAGUGUUCUCAACGUCAUGGUUAACAAGAACAUUCGCCGUGACGUGGAGGCCACGUGCAGCAGGUGGUCGAACUACGUUAAUUGCUAAUAUGGCAAUUCUUCUGCUGGUGGUCUUUAGUCAGGGUGUCAAGAACUACUUCUUCCUCUACACCAGAAAGAUGUUUGAAUGGGAAUACCAAAACUACACUGACUGGACUCUUGUUGAUUAUCCCGUGAAGGCUAUAGCGGCCGUGCACACUAGAGGCCGUGCACUCUAUGGACCGUGCACUCUAGAGGCCGUGCACUCUAUGGACCGUGCACUCUAG